AUGGUGGCUCAAGAUACAGAUGCAUCAAAUGGACAAACCCAGCCAAAUUCCGACUAUGACCUCUCCAAGCCAAUUACUUCAACGCAGGGAAUGCGUCAGGGACUUACAUCCUAUGGCGAUGCACACUUCUCCCUCUUUUUGCGCAAAGUCUUUAUCAAGGCCAUGGGCUACAGUGAAGAUGCUCUCUCACGGCCCAUUAUCGGUAUCAUCAACACAUACUCUAGCUUCAACCCGUGCCAUGCCAACAUCCCACAGUUGAUGGAGGCCGUGAAGCGCGGGGUUCAGUUCAAUGGGGGUCUGGCCAUGGAGUUUCCCACCAUUAGCAUCCAUGAGUCUUUUGCGUCCCCGACGAGCAUGUAUCUGCGAAAUCUCAUGAGUAUGGAUACCGAGGAAAUGAUCAAAGCUCAACCCUGCGAUGCUGUUGUCUUGAUAGGUGGGUGCGAUAAAACCACUCCUGCUCAAUUGAUGGGAGCAAUCUCGGCGAAUAAGCCGGUUGCGCAUCUUGUGACGGGACCUAUGAUGCCAGGAAGCCAUAGAGGCCAGCGGGUUGGAGCCUGCACAGACUGCCGGAACAAUUGGGCGGCCUUUAGAGCCGGGACAAUCGAUAUCGAAGACAUUGCAGCCAUCAAUGACGAGCUUGCACCGACGGCUGGUACGUGUGGCGUCAUGGGCACUGCGAGUACAAUGGCAUGUAUACUCGUAGCUCUGGGAAUGAUGCCCUUCGCCGGUGCAUCGGCGCCCGCAGUCUCCGCAGCCCGUCUGCGCAUCGCCGAGCAGACGGGGCGGAUUGCCGUCUCGCUCGCAUCGAGCACCACGCUGAAGCCACGGGCGCUGUUGACCCGGUCGUCUUUCCUCAACGCCAUCACUGUACUGCAGGCCACGGGCGGCUCUACCAACGCCGUAGUGCACCUACUGGCCAUUGCCGGGAGACAUCCAGAUGUCGCGGGCACCAUUGAUCUCGACACGUUUGACGAAGUCGGCCGACGCACGCCGCUGCUCGUCGACCUCAAGCCUAGCGGCGACAACUACAUGACCGACUUUCAUAACUCGGGCGGCAUGCUGGCACUCUUUCACGAGCUCAAGCCCUUGCUCCAACUCGACGCCAUGACAUUUACCGGUCGCACCCUUGGGGAGGAAAUGGCGGCAGCCACCUUGAUCCAAGUGCCGCGCAACUUGAGUUGCAUCCAGCCAUUCGACGAACCCCUCUAUCUGGCCUCGUCCCUCGUGGUCCUCCGAGGCAACUUGGCACCAGGCGGUGCCGUCAUGAAAGCCAGUGCCUCCAAAGACCGACGUCUGACGAGGCACUCUGGCAAAGCCGUGGUAUUCCACAACUCGGCCGACCUGGCGCAGCGGGUCGACGAUCCCGACUUGGCCGUGGACGCCGACAGCGUCCUCGUGCUGCAGAGCAUCGGGCCCAAGGGCAACCCGGGCAUGCCCGAGGCCGGCAUGAUACCGAUUCCGCGCAAGCUCGCGGCCCAGGGCGUGCAGGACAUGCUCAGGCUGUCCGACGGGCGCAUGAGCGGCACCGCGGGCGGGACGAUUGUGUUGCACAUCUCGCCCGAGUCGGCUGAGCUGGACUCGGUGUUGGGCAUUCUCCGCGACGGCGAUGUGAUUACUUGCGAUGUCAACGGCCGCGGACUAAACGUGGACUUGACACAGGAAGAAAUUGCAGCACGCAUACGAGAAAGACGGGAAGCUGCUCGUGCUUCGAAAGAGCGCGAUCCGCGGAGGGAACGCGGUUAUCGUGGUCUGUAUCAAAGAUCAGUGCUGCAAGCCGAGUUUGGAGCAGAUUUUGACUUCUUGACAGCCAAUGGGCCAGGAGAAAUCUAG